UAUAACCGGAAGCUUCCGCGUACAUUGAGGUGAGGGUGACGCAGGCGCACAGCUCACUGAACCUGCAGCAGCAGAGCAUCUGAACCCUCCGCGACCAAAGAACAAAGAAGAAAAAUCAAAGAAAUCUUAUAUUUUCUUCACCGGAAACGAAAAGAUUGAAAAAUGAUGGAGAAGUCAAACAGCCAAUACGACUCCUUCCUCUUCUGGAGGCAGCCUAUCCCUGCCCUCGACCUGUCAGAGCUGGAGGACCUGGGUUUCACUGACAGUCAGUCAGCCAAUAGCAUCAAAGGAAAAGACAAGCUGUCCUCAUUGAGGAGCAAGGACGAGGAGGAAGCGCUGUCUGAGUUUUCUUCCUUUAAUUAUUGGAGAGCUCCCAUUGUUGAUGUGAAUGCUCUGCUGGCCGAUCUGAACCUGCUGCUCUGAAGAACUCUGUCAUCUGACUCCAGAUCUGCCUCACCUGACCUCUGAGCCUGGAUCAGCCUCACCUGAGACUCACCUGGCCGCUGACCCUGGAUCAUCCUGUUUCCUUCUAUCUUUUUUUUCCACUGUUUCACGAAGGCACCAAAGUAGGAGGUCCCCCUUGGAGACAGACGGAGGCCUGCUGAGACUGAUCCUGGUUCAGCUGAGUUGUGCUUGUGUCCCUGUGUGUCACCAGGAGUCUGUUAACUGUUGAUUUUCAACUUACUUUAUAACUGUGACAGACGGAAGCAGAAAUGCAAAUUAAUGUUCAGUGAGGUAAAGACAAUUAAAAUCAAUGGGAAGCAUGUAGGUAGGAAUAAAAGCUAAGACAAAACCUGUGACUCUUUUGUCCAGAGCAUGUGAAUGAUAACACUCUGUAGUAAAAGUAUGUGUUAAGUGAGGUUAAAGUUUCUGCUGUUGUGUCAGUCAGAGCAAAUUUAGUUCUCAUUGAUUCUGAUGGUGAGACAUUGACUGUCAAAGUCUGUUUCUUUCAGCUGCAGUCUGAAAUAUUCAGGCGACAGUGAAUGCAGCAUCAGCACAAAUCGAUUUGAUUGUUGUUUCCAUGUGUCAGGAGUCUAAAGAGAAAGUGAUCCCAGUGAUCUGAUGGGUCACUUGUGUCUUCCCUGACUGUAAGUGAACCACACGGCUGCAGUUAAACCCCCUGAUCUCACUGUGAUACAGAUCCAGAAUCAGCUGUCUGUUUAGAUGCAUGUCACCUGAUUCAGAUCCGAGUCCACACUGAAACCACAUUCUGAUCAGAUUGAAACUCUUCUGCCUCUGAACGAAGGGAUUAAAUAUUAGAAACACUCUACUGAACCAUGUUUGAUCAAAUCAAAGCUGUAAGUUUUGGUGACUGAAAUGUGUCUGAUGAUCAUUUCUUUUCAGAUUUAUUUAUUUAUUUAGUGAAUGAGGAAGUGAUGUGUUCAAAGUCCUCACACUUCAGUUUUAUUUGUUUCCAUUUGUCCUUUUGUGUUCUUUCAUCCUGAGCUGCUUCAUUAAUUAGUUUUAGUGAGCAGAUGUGGAACUGAAGCCACAAUGUUCUGCUCACCUGACAACAAUAAAACAGUCGUUCUACAUCA